UGUUAAAAGUCCUCAGAAAAUAUUAUCUUUUCCAUUUCCCUAAAAUUCGUCAAUUUUAGUUUCAUUUGAGCAUUUUUUCUAGAUGCCACAAUAUUGAAUCCAUUACUUUAGUCAAUCAAACAAUAAUAUAAGUAAUAAUUUAAAGUAGGCCUAAAUUUAACUGGGAAAUUGUAUGUAUCAACAAAAGCCAAUUUGAACCUGAGAAGUAACAGAAUUUUCAUUAUAAAAGGAUAAUCAAAUUAAUAAAAACGUUUUCUGAACUGUGCUUGGGUAUGUCAAUUCACCACGACUUGUUUGGAAAUGAUUGAACACUAGGUGGCAAUAUAACCAAGAAAUCAUUUUGAUGGACCACAAACCCGGUGAGGAGAAGCAAGAAGGUGGAGGAUGAGGAUGGGAGGAGCGGGGACCCUCCUUCUCUCCUCCUCUCUCUCUCUCUCUCUCUCUCCCCCCCUGACUCUGUCGCGUAUGUCAGCGCACUGAACAGGAGGCAGGUGUGUGCACCGACUGUCUGCACAGCUUGUGUCAUUUUCUCCACGUCUGCCACUGCUGCUGGACGCCAAAUCCGGAGAGGCGGCAACUCUGACUCUGCAAGUCUGCUGCAGGGACUGUUUCCAGGACGGUGAGGAUGUUGCAGUGAAGGCAGGAGAAAAAUAAAGAGAGACUGGGAGAGAGAGAGGGAGAGAGAGAGAAAGAGAGAAAGACUGAGAGAAACAGAGCAUCCUCUUCCCCGCUGCUGCUUCAGCCGGCAUCCUCAGCUGUUGCUCUACAGGAAAGAGGACAAGUCUCAGGAGCCACAGGGGAAAAGGGCCAAACUAUGUCUUUCAUUUCAAAGCGGUGAACGCUAUCAUUUCCCCCCAGUCCAAAAAGUCGAAGGGAGAGCGGAUGCGAGCAGAAGUCUUCAGCCAGCCUCUGAGUAUAUCCUGCCCGUUGUCGGAGCCGUGCCCAUGGAGAAAGCGACUCCGCCGCCCCAGACCCAGCCCCAGCUCCAGCUAUCGAUAGCGAAGACGGAAAGUCCAGCUGAGGACAUCUCCGGUCUGAGUGACGAGGAGCUGCUCAAGUGGUCCAAGGAGGAGCUAGUGCGGCGCCUAAGGCGUUCGGAGGCCGACAAGAUGAGCGUGAUACUGGACCACGGGAAUCUUAUCCGGGAGGUCAACCGCAGCCUCCAGCUGCACUUGAACGAGAUCAGGGGACUGAAGGACAUUAACCAGAAGCUGCAGGAAGACAACCGAGAGCUGAGGGACUUGUGUUGCUUCCUGGACGAUGACCGACAGAAAGGGAAGCGUGUCUCCAGAGAGUGGCAGCGCCUUGGACGGUACAGUGCUAGCAUUAUGCGCAAAGAAGUCACACUCUACCUACAAAAACUCAAAGAGCUGGAGCUCAGACAGGAGGAGGUAAUUCGUGAGAACCAGGAGCUGAAGGAACUCUGUCUGCUGCUGGAUGAGGAGAAGGGAGUGGUGGGAGGAGGUGGUGGGGGUGGAGGAAACGGAACUGUAGGGAACACAGGGAUGGGAGGAUGCCGCAGUUCCAUUGACAGCCAGAACAGUUUGCUGCUGGUGCCCGGACAGGGGCUCUUGAUGAGAGACGUGGGGGACGGGAGCAGCACGUCCAGUGCCGGGAGCGCCGACAGCUCCGAUCACCCCCAUCAUAAGCAGCCUCACCUGUCUGCAGGAGUGGGUGGAGUUAGCAUUACUGCUGAUAAAGGUAGUCCUGAGCUUGUCCACAAACCCAGGUGUAGCAGCAUCAGUGCAAUAGGAGGCAGUGACAGGGAGGUGUCCAGUUCUGAUCUCCCAGCUGCUCGCCACCGGAGUACAAGCCUGGAGUACCCUUACACCCUGCCUCAGCUCAGCCGACCCCGCUGUGGUUCUAUAUCCAUUCCUGAUCACAGUCGAUCCCUCAGGGGCCUCAGUCCAGAAAAGUAUGGGAGGAACUUGGGUCAACAUAGUCCAGAGCCCCACCCCAAGCACCACAGCUCUGACCUCCUCCUGGGCCAGAGGCAUCACUUCCUGAGCCAGGGAGGGAGCGGGGAGCUGUUUCAGAGGCACCACAGGAGCAGCAUCAGCAGCACAGGCUGUGGGAGCCCCGAACCCCGACAGGCACAUUUAGGGGGCAGUGAACACCUGGAAAAGGGCUGUCCGGUCCCACGGGGCAGCCCGGAAACUCAUAGGCAUCAGUACAGCAUGAGCCCGGAUCACGUGAAGUUUGGCAGCCCGGUGAGAGAUGGGCAGCGAAGGCCAACUGGAGAGGAUCUGUCACCACAUCAUAGGAGCAUCUAUAAUGGAAUGAAUGCUUUGAUAUCAGCCGGCUGCUGCACUAACAACUGUAGAAAUGUCAAGUUAUGGGACAGCUUUGACGCAUCUUCUUGACCCCAAACGGAAAAGAUUGGCUCCUCAGCGUGAAGAGAGGCCUGUGAUCAUGGAGCCCUGCUUCCUCUCUGGCCUGGUCAGACCCACCGCGGACCACUGAAGUCCAGCGUCCGUGGCACCACACCACAUGGCUUCAUCCACGUCCACAGCCCUGAAACCGCCUGCCUCCAUGUUUUUGUUUCUACAUCCAGAGAGACGUAGGAGAGGAGAGAGUUUCUCGGCGCUGCGGGUGAGUUUGGUCCAGGCACGGCUACCUCCUGGAGAGCACCUGGAGAGACGGGUCAGUCAGGGCUGAGGAGGGGAGGAGAUGGAGGAGGCUCUGCACUGUUCUGUGCUGCUACACCCUGUUUACAGACGUAGAUCCUUGGUGGAGAAGCACAUCAAUGAAACUUUCUAUAUCCUGCUGUUCUCAGCUGUUUUCCUACGUUCUCUCCUCUUUCUCUCCUUCGACUAUGUCAUCUGUCAACGCUGUUCUUUUUUAUUAUUAUUAUUUUCAUUAGACCUUUGUCAUAUAAAGUGUAUAAUGUGACUGGUUUAAGCUAAAGUUUUCUCUUCCGGUCUCUAAAUCCCAUCAAUCUCAUCGAUACUCAAUGGAGGUAAAGAUCAAAAAGUUCUAAGACAAACUGAUUUAUUUUUGAUAAUUCCAGGGACGGAAAAAAUCAGAUGGUUCUAGAUUCAAACAUGAUGAUGAGCUUCAGUCGAUUGAACAGGAGUCCAUUCCAGAUUGGUUAAAAAUGUGACGUUUGAAAACUGUUUAAAGUCCAUUUUGUUGGUAUAGCCCUGAUUCCAAAAACACUGUAGUAUUCAACGGACAGAUUUCACACUGAGGAUUGAAAUUUAAACAUUUAUGUGUGGGAUAUCAUUUGAAAUUAAACAUCAAUUAACACUUACAACUUUUUGACCUUCCCUCGUACCACGUCCUGGUUAGGUCCAUACAAAGGUCACCCGGAGUCUUCUGAAAUCACUCCGUCACAGACUUCGUGCAGGUGUCCAUUUCUGUCUACCCUCGUAUCCCUGUCUCUCCUCAGACAGUUGAACUCAACUUUUGAAACAUAUUAAGUAACGAAAAUGUCAAAGAUGUUUUAGUGAAGAAGAUAACCAUUUCCUGUGUCUUAAACCCAGAUGGUCCACACCACUAGCUGCUGACAGAUGUUCUAGUUCUAUAAGAUGCAACGUUUCAGGUGUAAAUUUUUCUUCUGGUCUUUUCUCCCCGGCUCCCUGUAUAAAGCUGGGAGAAGAUCAUAGGUUUCUUCAUGUUGUUUUAUUUUAUUUUAUUUUUUACCAGGAAGUAAAGUCAGAGUUAAAGUAGAUUAUUGGAUUAGUUUUCUAUAUACACAUAUAUAUAUAUAUAUAUCUACAUGAUAUGAUUAUUAUUUUUGACUUACUGGUAUUAGAACUAUUAUAUCAAAUGCAUAUAAUAUAUAUAUAUAUCAAUUAAUAAACAGACUUCUUUAUCUAACAGUGUGAUAGAGUGGGUUAUUAUUCCGUGUUAAUGAUUUGGAGGUCAAUGAGCGGUGACCUCUGAUCCUGCAGUCAGAGGUCUGAUUCUAAAAUGCAGAGCUAAUUUUUUGAAUGGAAGGACAAAAAUGAAAAUCUAUAAGUCAUUAGCAUAAAAGGGUCAGGAAAUAUUUGCAGGUGUAACUAACUAAUCAAUCCGGGUUGGUAUAAAAAGGAAAACCAAGAUUUUUUAAAAACAUUAAUUUAACCCUAAUCCUGCCAGGGCCGGGAUCUAAUUGGUUUUAAACAGAGGCUUGGAAAAUACAUUUCUUUAUAGCCCAACAACGUGAAUCUGACAUAUUGUAGACCCUGGGUUAAGAAUAAGUUGGGCACCACUUUAUUCACAACCCUGAACCCUCACUGGAAGCUUCCAGGUCUGACGAUACGAUACUCUACGGUACGAUAUACUUUGUUGUCUUGAACCCUGGCUUAGAACAACUGAGUGGGCACUUGUGUCUGACUGUCCUCAGUCCAACCUCUUUGACCAGGCCUAGGUUUGUUGAAAGUGUGUUCCCAACACGUCACACAUGGUUACACACUCUUACAUGCCAAAUUACAUUCCAGAAUAUUGUUUUUUUUACCUCAUCCUGUCAUUUUGGAGACAAUUGCGUCAGAACGGAAAAAAUACCCUGUUGUAUCAGUGCAACAAAAACAGACCAGUCUUCCUUCCUCCGCCUGAGUCACCUUCCUGCAGUGUGUGUCUGCUCUGACAUCCCAGGGUUUACCAACGCCCAGCGUCUGUGCGUCUUUAAACAAUAGAGAUGACUAUAUAUUCACUAUUGACAUCAAUUCCCCCAAAAAACACCAGAACAGACAGAACCACAGUCUAUUUUCCGA